GUGCGACCUCGAGCGGGAAUGCGCUGCUCAGACCCCCGGCACUUUGGAGGGUGGCUGGGGUCUUGCGAGCCGCAUGGUGGGGCCUGUGCCGUGAAACGACUGAAUGGAUGAGAAGGACCCAGGGAAACAGACAGGGAGAGUUUGACGGCCAGGUUGUGCGAAGUGGAACGGGGAACGCAGAUAAGCGGGGGGAGGUUUUGAGGGGCUGCAGCCCAGGACCCUCCGCGCCGCCAGACUCCGCACCCUCCAGUCUCCGACUGGCUCCGCGCAGUUUCCUGGAGGGAGUUGGAGGCUGCCUCCCGGACCUCUCGCCCGAUUCCAGAGCCGACCCUGCGGGGAUACCAUGCCGAGACCCCAGAAGAGGCCGGCGGGGGCCGCGGGGCCAGACAAGAAGGGGAAGCGUGUCAGGACGGCGCGGGCUGGGGAGGCAGCAGCGCAGACAAGGAGCUCUGGCCCUGCGGACACAGUGGCGUCCAGCCCCCGGGAGAAGAGCCUAGGCAGCUUCUGGCUGAUGAAGUCGGAGCCCGAGAGCCGGCUGGAGAAAGGCGUAGAUGUGAAGUUCAGCAUCGAGGAUCUCCAAGCAGAGCCUGGGCAGACAGCGUGCUGGGAUGGCGUCCGCAACUACCAGGCCCGGAACUUCCUCAGAGCCAUGAAGCUGGGGGAAAAGGCCUUCUUCUACCACAGCAACUGCAAAGAACCAGGAAUCGCGGGCUUGAUGAAGAUUGUGAAGGAGGCUUAUCCAGACCACACCCAGUUUGAGAAAAGCAGCCCCCACUACGAUCCCUCCAGCAGAGAUGAUGACCCCAAAUGGUCCAUGGUAGAUGUACAGUUUGUUCGGCUGAUGAGACGUUUCAUUCCCCUGGCUGAGCUCAAGAUCCAUCACCAGGCCCACAAAGCCAACGGGGGGCCCUUAAGUAACAUGGCCCUCUUCACCCGCCAGAGACUCUCCGUUCAGCCCCUGACCCCAGAAGAGUUUGAUUUUAUUUUGAGCCUGGAGGAACAGGAGCCGAGUUAGUGAAGAGACAGCCUGCUUGAAACAGCCUGCCGGACUAGGCCAGACUGCACCCCCCGAGAAUCCUGGCGCCCACUUCCCCCUCCCCC